CAAUACUUUCUUCACAUUAUUACUUUCUAGAUUUCACUUAUAUAAUCUGGCAUCAACACCAUCUUUAUUUUCAAUAAUCAUGUCUUCGUUGGUUGAAGUAAUAGCGAAACAAGCGCAAGCUACAUUUUCAAAAAGUUUGACGGAAGAAAACUUCGCAGAAAGUUUUACCAAACUAAUUAGAAAUGUUGCUAGAAUACGUUCCUCCGAUUUGAAGCUAAACAAAGAAACUAUUAGGACUAUAAACAGUGGAAAUUCAUCAAAAUCCUUAGCUCCCGUGACAUAUAUCGAAGUUGCGGAGAAUCAGUGCUUCUCGAUGGGUAUAUUUCUACUAAAAAGCGGUGCUAGAAUACCGUUGCAUGAUCAUCCCGGUAUGCACGGUGUACUGAAAGUCAUACAAGGUACAUUGAAAAUUUCUUCCUAUAGUGCUUUGUCCAAGGUUCCUGGAGAGGUUAAAUUGCCCCAAGACAUCAGCAACAGAAUCAAAAGUUCUCAAAAAGAUCGGCUAAUUCCUGUUGAAAAGCACUCUCCAGAAAAUGUGACUGACAAAGAUGAGCCUUGUGUUUUAAGACCGAAAGAGUCUAAUUUUCACGAAAUUUGCGCUAUUGGUGGGACUGCAGCAUUCUUAGAUAUUCUAGCACCUCCUUACGAUAUGAAAGAAAGAGACUGCCAUUAUUACGUUCCCUUAGAAACCAAUAAAACUGACUCUGAGGUUAAAACUUGGUUACUAAGAACCUCUCCUCCUACUGACUUUUGGUGUGAUGCUGCACCAUAUACUGGUCCUAAAGUAAGCUUAUAGGCUUACUUAAUUUAAUUAUUAAUAAGAUUCUUAUCCUAUUGAUAGACAAUAAUAUUGUGAUUAAUCUAACGACCGAUGAUUGUAAAGAAUAGUAUUUGGAUUUCUAUGUUUCACUCAGGAAUUCAGAGACUUGUGGUGCAUCAGAUGUGAUUUGUUUUAUUUUUGCAUUACUAACCACAAUAAAGAAAUCUUUAAAUACAACAGAGAAUUUUAGGUAUGCCACCUGUCACUAUGAAAAUUUGAUUAUGUUUAACAUGGUUAAAAUAGAAUUAAUUGAUAAUAAAGAAGGCUUACAAACUAUAGUAUGCAAUUAUUAGUAAGGUCAUUAUAUUAAUAAAUAAUAAGUCUGACUCCAUAAUAAUGAAUCUUGACUAGUGAUCAUAUAAAAUACUAUUUAUGAUUAUAGAAAUAUCUGCAUUAAAUGGGAUUUAUAACAGAGAAUCAUAGGUUUGCACUUACUCGUGGAAUAUACUGCUUAGAAAAUUAAUUAAUCCCCAUCUAUAUUAAUUAUUGAUUUUAUUAGAGAAAGUUAUUUAAUACCUUCUUAUAACAUUUCUUUUCAUUCAUAAUCAAGCUUGACCGUAGCCAACCCAAUUUUGGGGAUUAUGUUCAUACAUUCCUCAUUCAUAUAUUCUAUAGUUUCUUCAAUAUCUCGUUUCUCUACUUUUAUUCUUUUCUUUAACAUAGGUUUUGAUAUAAAAAUCUUAAUUUAGUAUUUUAUAAAAUUCUAUAACCGUGAAUUUAAUAACUAAUAAUUGUUAAAAAAAAUAUUAUUCAAAUUUCCAUUUGGGAAAAGUGUAUAUUUGUGUCAAAAUGGUAUCUUAGUUUUUAGAAGAAUCAAAAAACUGAAGAAAAUAUAUCACAUUGAAGGACAAAUUGAAAAAGUAUUAUUCACCCUGUGGCUCUCUGCGACAAUCUUUCUGCUAGAUACUUAGAAAAUUAUGAAAUAAACAUAUUACUAAUUUAAAGUAACAGAAGCUUCUAUUUGAACAAAAAAAUUUCUGAUCAAAUAAAAUAAUUUUUAUAAUUGAAUAUGUAAUAUUUUUUUUAUUCUAAGAUUUUGGUCGAUAUUCUUGCAUUUUGUUGGGCAAUAGCACACUAUUUCAUUUUUGUAAUUCAUCAUCACAUUAAAAAAAUCGUGAAAUCCUUAGCAGUAACUAUCGAAAAAAGAUCGACCACAAUAUCACGUGAAUCGAACUCUUCAAAAAGGGGUUACUAAAUGCAUGUUGAGAUUUAGUUGUAAUAAAUGUCGUAAAUAUUGGAUUUUAAAGGCCAUAGUAAUAACUGCAUAAAUAACAGAAUAAAAAUUUAUGCGGAAAAGAAAACCUAAUUUUUUUUUACUUCAUUGCUCUUCAUUUUUCAUUAUUCUCAAAAGAAAAAUCAAGACUAUUUUUUUCCACUCCUUUAAUGUGCGAGAAAGGCAUCUUUUGAAUAUAAUUCUGAAGAAACUAUAAAAUCUUUCAAAAAUUUCUGCAGAAAAGAAAAGCAAAAAUUUUACUUCCCAAAGGAAAACUCUUUCUGCAAGAACUCUGUAACAUUCUGCGACAAUGUUGCUGUGCCACCAUGAUUCUGCCAUCUUCAGUCAAACCAUUUUGUCUUUUUUUUUUUUUUUUUUUUUUUUUA